AUGCAUAAAACGGGGUGCCGACCAAAAAACUACUGCUGUGCUCUGAACGCUGACGGCACCCUCAAGGAUGCUUCUGAAAUUACCUUUUUUAAUGAUCCUGACGAUAAAGUACCAUUGCCCCAGGUCGCAUCUUCUGCCCAGCCAUCCUCUUCCACUACAUCCGCAAAGGACACCUUCUCCGUUCUGCUCAAGGCUGGAUGCACCCAUUAUCAAGCGCCUCCAGCCCCAGGACCACAUCCCAAGGAGCCAGAGGCCACGUCAUCAACAUGA